GUCACCGACGAGGUGGUCGCCGUCGUGGCCGCCCUGCAAGAGGAGGGCCACCUUCUCGAAGACAUGGCGCUCUACGGGGCCUCGGCGGGCGGGGGCCUGGUGGCAGGCUCUGUCCUGAAAAUGCGGGACCAGGGCAUGGGCAUGCCGGGGGCCGUCGUCAUGUGGGCGCCUUGGACGGAUUUGACAAUUGUCGGGGACACAUGGGCGACGCUGCUGAACCAGGACCCGGUGUUGGGAAACUCGUCGUUAGACCCCUUUUCCAACGCCUACGCAGACCCGGCGGACCAGAAGCAUCCGUACGUGUCGCCCGUGUACGGCGACUACACGCAAGGGUUUCCUCCGACACUAAUUCAGGUCGGCACGAAGGAGAGAAUCUUGAGCGAUUCCUUGAGGCAAUACCAGACGAUGGACACUGCGGGCGUGGAUGUAAAACUGGACGUGUACGAAGGCAUGUGGCACGACUUUCUCGGUUCUCAUUGGAACAUUCCAGAGGCGCUCAUGGCCCGUUUGAAGAUGGUAAAAUUUCUCAAUGAGCGCAUGGCCAGUGGAGAAUGA